UCUAGAAGGUUCUAGGCGGAGCACAGGCCCAGAGGUAGGAGUAGGAAUGAGCGAGCGAAGGACCGGGGUCACGAGGCCGUUGGGGGGGAGGAGCCAGCAGCCGGGGAGGUUCUAGUCUGUUCUGCCUCGCGGCAGCCGCCCCCUUCUACUUGGUCACGUUGAGCCGCUCCCGGGCCUGGCAUCGCGGCAGCCGCCCAGCCCCUGCAGCUUCCAACCUCUCCACCAUGGAUCCCCGCAAAGUGAGCGAGCUUCGGGCCUUCGUGAAGAUGUGUAGGCAGGACCCGAGCGUCCUGCACACCGAGGAAAUGCGCUUCCUGAGGGAGUGGGUGGAGAGCAUGGGGGGUAAAGUACCACCUGCUACUCAUAAAGCUAAGCCAGAAGAAAAUACCAAGGAAGAAAAAAGAGACAAGACAACAGAGGAAAACAUAAAGACAGAGGAGCCAUCGAGUGAGGAGAGUGAUCUAGAAAUUGACAAUGAAGGUGUAAUUGAACCAGACACCGAUGACCCUCAGGAAAUGGGAGACGAAAAUGCAGAGAUAACUGAGGAGAUGAUGGAUGAAGCAAAUGAAAAGAAGGGGGCUGCCAUUGAAGCUCUAAAUGACGGUGAGCUCCAGAAAGCCAUUGACUUGUUCACAGAUGCCAUCAAGCUAAAUCCUCGCUUGGCUAUUCUGUAUGCCAAGAGAGCCAGUGUCUUUGUCAAAUUACAGAAGCCAAAAGCUGCCAUCCGAGACUGUGACAGAGCUAUUGAAAUAAACCCUGAUUCAGCUCAGCCAUACAAAUGGCGAGGGAAAGCACACAGACUCCUGGGUCACUGGGAAGAAGCAGCUCAUGAUCUUGCCCUUGCCUGUAAACUGGAUUAUGAUGAAGAUGCCAGUGCAAUGCUGAAAGAAGUUCAACCUCGGGCUCAAAGAAUUGCUGAACAUCGGAGAAAGUAUGAGCGAAAACGUGAAGAGCGAGAGAUAAAAGAACGAAUAGAAAGGGUGAAAAAGGCUCGAGAAGAGCAUGAAAGAGCCCAAAGGGAAGAAGAAGCCAGAAGACAAUCUGGAUCUCAGUUUGGCUCUUUUCCAGGUGGUUUUCCUGGGGGAAUGCCUGGUAAUUUUCCUGGAGGAAUACCUGGGAUGGGAGGGGCCAUGCCAGGAAUGGCAGGAAUGGCAGGAAUGCCUGGACUCAACGAAAUUCUCAGUGACCCAGAGGUUCUUGCAGCAAUGCAGGAUCCAGAAGUCAUGGUGGCUUUCCAGGAUGUGGCCCAGAACCCAGCAAAUAUGUCAAAAUACCAGAGUAACCCAAAGGUUAUGAAUCUCAUCAGUAAAUUGUCAGCCAAGUUUGGAGGUCAAUCAUAAUCAAAGCCCUUGCUGAAUGAAGAACAGCUUAGCUCAUUUACUGGAUGUUGCAAUAAUACAAACCAGUGUACCUCUGACCUCACCAGGAGAGCUGGGGCGCUUCGAAGAUAAUCCCUACCCUCUGCAUCAAAUUCGGCUGAGGCAUUUUACAGUGGUUUGCCAUUAGAGUGUUCAUUCAGAUAAUGUUUUCCUACUAGGAAUUACAAACUUAAAACAUUUUUCAACCUUAAACAUAUUUUUAAAAAAUUUAGGGGAUGUCAAUUCCUACAUUUUUCUUUACUAAUCUUUUUGGGUUUCUCCUUUUGAAUUACUGGGCAAGGAAGAUGAAUGUGGAUGAUUUACAGCUUUCGUGAAUGAAAUAAAGAUUUGUUAGUGGGAAGCAAAUAAAACACAUUUAAGGUGAUUGAGUUGGA